GAGAGGAUCUAUCUUCCGAUGUCUACAUUUUACCUCCUCUGAACUUUUGUCGCUGAAGAGAUCUGCGACGGCGAACAACCAUUGAUCGCCGCGACGAGAUUACAAGAGUAAGACCUUCCAGUUUCCGUCUAUGGAUCGUUUCUUGAAAGAUGCAAGAGCUUCCGGUUCCCUCAACCUCUCCAACCGUUCACUAAGUGAAGUGCCAAAUGAAGUAUACAAAAGCAUGGAUGCUAUUGGAGGUAGUGAGAAAUGGUGGGAGACCGUGGAGUUACAGAAGCUUAUUUUAGCGCAUAAUAACAUUGAAUCGUUGAAGGAAGAUCUCAGAAACUUGCCUUUAUUGUCUGUACUGAAUGUUAGCCACAACAAGCUAUGCUUCCUUCCUGCUGCCAUAGGCGAGCUUCACAUGCUAAAAUCAUUAGAUGUUUCAUUUAACAUGAUAUCCAGCAUACCUGAAGAAAUUGGAUCAGCAACUGCUUUGGUCAAGUUUGAUUGCUCCAAUAAUCAACUAAAAGAUCUUCCGGGCUCCAUAGGAUGUUGUUCAGAUUUGUCAGAGUUCAAGGCAUCAAACAAUUCCAUUACAAGCUUGCCAGAAGAUCUAGCGAAGUGUUCAAAACUAACAAAGUUGGAUGUCGAGGGUAACAAACUGACAAAUAUAUUUGAGAAUUUAUUUGGGUCAUGUGUCUUGCUCAGAGAAGUUAACGCAGCCAGAAACAUAUUGAAUUGUAUACCAGAAAGCAUUGGCAACCUUUCACGCGCCAUUCGUCUUGAUCUUCAUCAGAACAGAAUAUCCUUAAUCCCACCAUCGAUAAAGGGAUGUACAUCUCUCAUGGAGUUUUAUAUGGGGAACAAUAUAUUGGCUUCUUUGCCAGCAGAGAUAGGUGCACUUCCUCAGUUAGGGACAUUUGAUCUUCACUCAAAUCAGCUGAAAGAGUUUCCUGCUGAGGCAUGCAAAUUACCUCUUUCAUUUCUUGAUUUAUCAAACAACUCAUUGUCUGGAUUGCCUCCUGAGAUAGGGACAAUAACCACCUUGCGUAAACUUCUUCUAGCAGGCAAUCCUAUGAGAACUCUGCGUAGCUCAUUGGUCAAUGGACCUACACCCGCUCUAUUGAAGUUUUUGAGGAGUAGACUUGCUACAGAUGAAGAUUCGGGAUCUGCUACUCCUAAAAAGGAGGAUAUAAUUGGCAUGGCUAAACGUCUGUCCCUUACUUCAAAGGAGCUUUCGUUAACAGGACUUGGUUUGUCCUCUGUCCCACCAGAAGUGUGGGAAUCAAGUGAAACUACUAAAGUUGAUCUUUCUAAGAACUUAAUAGAGGUCUUACCAUCUGAGAUUUCCUUGUGUACCUCUCUUGAGACACUCAUUCUAUCUGGAAACAAGAUUAAGGAAUGGCCAGUCACUAUUUUCAAGUCACUCCCUAAGAUUUCAUGCAUCAAGCUGGACUCUAACCCACUUAGACAGAUUCCACCAGAUGGAUUCGAAGCUAUCUCAAAGCUUCUGAUUCUUGAUUUAAGUUGCAAUAAUGAUUGCUUACCAGAUUCUCCCGCAUUUCGUAGCUUAGUUAAUUUGCAGGAGCUUCAUCUGAGGCGGAUGCAAAUACACGAAAUUCCAUCAGAUAUAUUAAGCUUACAACAACUUCGAGUUCUUGAUUUGAGCCAAAAUUCUCUUCGCUCAAUUCCUGAGGCUAUCAAGAAUAUGACUUCUCUUUCUGAACUCAAUGUUUCGGACAACUGUAUCACCUCAUUGCCGCCUGAAUUGGGAUUACUCGAAUCCAGCUUGCAGGUGUUAAAACUUGAUGGGAAUCCUAUAAGAAGCAUAAGGAGGGCAAUUUUAGACCGAGGCUCUAAAGCUGUUCUAAAAUAUUUGAGAGACAAGAUGGACAACUAGCAUUUGCUUCACAUAUGGUUCAUGUUUGAUUGUAUUUUUGUUUUUAACAUUGUGUGAGAUCUUCGAGAUUUCGAUUUUACAGGAAUUGGGAUUUGUUGUUGUGUGAAUGUUUUUGUUAUGGUUGUUUCCAUUUGUUUUCUUUAUUUAAUUAUACAAGUCUGUAUUAUUAUUGAGCUCAUUUGAAAAUAAUUUAUAAUGAGAUGUGAUAAAUAUAUAACUUGUAUUUAUAGUCUUUUAGUUUUUGAA